UUGGGGGACCUCCGACUACAUGACCGGGACCAUUUCUCCGCCAUCUGCAAGCUCCAGCUCACCACGCUCAUCGUCGCUGACUGGAAGAGCCUCUCUGGCGAGAUCCCCGACUGCGUCUCUUCGCUCUCGAACCUCCUCGUCCUGGAUCUCGUCGGCAACAACCACUCCGGCCAGAUCCCCUCCCAGAUCGGCAACCUCGGCCGCCUCGUGGUACUCAAUCUCGCCGACAACAGAACCUCGGGGGAAAUCCCGGCCUCGAUUUCCAAAUUGGAGUGCUUGAAUCAUCUCGAACUGAACAACGACUAG